AUGGAUCCUCCGCCACCAAGGGUCCCCAAAAGAAAGGAUGACCGGGUCAUCCUCCAAUUCGACUAUGACUGCUUUUACGCAUCCGUGUUCGAGAACCAGAACCCUGCUCUCAAGUCCCUCCCCGUAGGAGUCAAGCAAAAGGGGAUCCUCGCAACGUGCAAUUACGUCGCCCGCGCCCGCGGCGUGGGGAAGCUGUCGCAAAUCUCCGUCGCCAAGAAGGCGUGCCCCGAGCUAGUCAUCAUCGAUGGCGAGGACCUCACCCCUUUCGGGACAUGA